CGAAGCUCAGAUGGAGGACGGAGCCCGGGGCAGCCAUGGCCAUCUUAGCUGGCCCCUGUGGUCUUGCGUUUGGAAACUGCAGCCUGCCUGGCUCAGAGAGGGGGGCCGGUGCACAGGGGCCGGGCAGGAGGUGGAGGGAGGAAGUGCCCAGGAGGGUGAUGACAUCACAGCCCAGCCCUUGAAAGAUGAGCUGUUCCUGCCACCGCUCCAGCUCACUCCCUCCUCAGAGGGGAGGGGACACCAGACAGCCCUGCUGAACUCUGCACCGGAGAGCGACCGAGGUGCCCCCACAGCGCCCUCCGGACAAGGUGCAGUCACUGCUAUCUCCGUGUCAGCUCCACAACUGUUUCUCCAGUCCUGACAGAGGUUUGAGCUAUAACAUCGCACCCCGACCACAGGUGAGGCCCCACUCACAGCCACUCCGCGUCCAAAUGUUGUCUGUCUGGAAGAGACCGACAUUCCUGUCUGUUUAUGAAGAGCUGGUGCCCACCACGGUCUCCUUUGGCGCCGAAAUGCUCAACAUCACCUCGGAAGUCCUUCAGCCUGCUCUCAACGGGACCCAUGUUGAGAGCAGUGGCUGUGUCUACUCCGAUUGGUGGGGCUGGCUCAACACCAUCCAGGCCCCCUUCCUCUGGGUCCUGUUCGUGCUGGCGGCGAUCGAGAACAUCUUUGUCCUCAGCGUCUUCUGCCUGCACAAGAACAGAUGCACCGUGGCAGAGAUCUACCUGGGCAACCUGGCUGUGGCCGACCUGAUCUUGGCCUGUGGGCUGCCCUUCUGGGCCAUUACCAUUGCCAACAACUUUGACUGGCUCUUUGGGGAGGCCCUCUGCCGCGUGGUGAACACCAUGGCCUACAUGAACCUGUACAGCAGCAUCUGCUUCCUGAUGCUGGUGAGCAUAGACCGGUACCUGGCCCUGGUGAAAACCAUGUCCAUGGGCCGGAUGCGUGGCGUGCGCUGGGCCAAACUCUACAGCCUGGUGAUCUGGGCGUGUGCGCUGCUCCUGAGUUCGCCCAUGCUGGCCUUCCGGACCAUGAAGGACUACAGAGACGAGGGCUACAACGUCACCGCCUGCGUCAUCAUCUACCCGUCGCGCACCUGGGAGGUGUUCACCAACAUGCUCUUGAACGUCGUGGGCUUCCUGCUGCCCCUGAGCGUCAUCACCUUCUGCACGGUGCAGAUCAUGCAGGUGCUUCGCAACAACGAGAUGCAGAAGUUCAAGGAGAUCCAGACGGAGAGGAAGGCCACGGUGCUGGUCCUGGCCGUGCUGCUGCUGUUCGUGGUCUGCUGGCUGCCCUUCCAGAUCAGCACCUUCCUGGACACGCUGCUGCGCCUGGGCGUCCUCUCCAGCUGCUGGGAGGAGCACGUGGUCGACGUCUUCACCCAGAUCGCCUCUUAUGUGGCCUACAGCAACAGCUGCCUCAACCCGCUGGUGUACGCCAUCGUGGGCAAGCACUUCCGCAAGAAGUCCCGGGAGGUGUACCAGCGCCUCUGCCGGACAGAGGGCUUCACGGCACAGCCCGUCAUGACCGAGAGCUCCAUGGGCACCAUGCGGACCUCCAUCUCGGUGGAUCGGCAGAUCCACAAACUGCCGGUGUGGGUGGGCAACAGCCAGUGAGCAGAGGUGACCGGGCCACUGUGGGUGUGUGUGAGGGUUUGUAGACAGUUGCUCCACAGGAUGUGACUAAUUGGGAACAGAGGUCACACCUCGUGUGACGGUGGGCAAUGGGUCGGCGUCUGUGGUAAACCCAGGAGCACGAUUCCUUCCCCGCCCGGGUUGCCCUGAGCACAGAUGUGUGGAUGGGGUGACCUCUCGAAGAGGCAAGGGCUCCGUCGGCAUGACAGCAUUAUUCUUAUUUGCUGCCACACCUGGGCCAGUCUGCUUCUUCCCAGGAGUGGACGGAACCUGAGAACAGGGACAGGAGUGCCCAAGCUUUCCUCCCACAUGGUGUCCCCUAACCCCCCGCCUGCCCCAGCAUGACAGCUCAGAACUCCAGGAGAACCACCCCCGGCUUUGGUGCGGUGCCGAGUGCGCGCACGGUGCCUGGCUGAGUUUUGCCUUGGGUCUCUUUAACCCGCUGGGCCAGGACUUUGGAGAAUGAUGUCUCAGGUGAAUGAAGGUGAACCUCUGAGAGUCCCUGGUAAGAACCAGGAGGUCAGGAUUCUGUCACUCCCACAGACAAGGGUAUCUAUGCCCAAGAAGGACCCAAUAAGCACUAAUCUAGCACCUGCUGUAUACACAGCAUUGAGCACUGAGGUCAAAGGCCAGAAAGAGAAAGCGCAGGCUCUGUCUUGGAGGAGCUUGCAAGCUGGAGUCGCCACAGCUGAGCACUCGUACCCAGGAAGUCUGUCCUGCAGCAUGGUGGAGCCAAUUCUGGGCACUAUGUAGGGCAGAGGGGUGAGGUGCCUGACGCCCCAGGUCCUCCGACAGCUAGCCGCACGCCACCUUGUCCCUGCCUCGGUUUUCUCCUCUGUCACGUGAGGCUGUAAGGCUUAAAGAAGGGGACUGGCAUGGUCGUACUUUGAAAAACCAGUGGUGCUGUGUAGAUGUGAGGUGUUACACAGAACGGGGUCCUGGGGGGUAGAAGCUGGAGGACCAGGAGGCCUGGGCAGCAAAAAGCCCACAAAUCCUGACCAAUUCAGCUUCAGAUUUUAAAGCAAGAAGGCUCCCAAAUAUUCCCUCCCCAUUCAAGCCCCCCCAACCCCAGCCCCCUCCAGCCCUCUGCCCAAUAAUCACGUGUACCUGUAGCUGGAAAAAGAAAACGGGGAAUAGGAAGGAGGGACCAUACAGUGUUAGAAGGGAGCUAAACCACGCACGCGUUGGAAGCAGAAGGGAAAAGGCGCUUUGCAAUGUGCGGCCCACACUCAUUGGUGGGCGUGCAUUGGUCUGAGGGUCUCCUGGGAGCAGGGCCGCCUCAGGGCCCUGGGCUCCCAAUGGUCCCUGAGACCACACGUGGUCUAAGGAGCGGUGGUCAUUCUGCAGGAGAGGAGCUGCCUGGGGGUGGUGCUGGCACCUCAGUGAAGAAUCCCUGCCCCGGGAGCGCCCCAGAGAGCUGCCGCGUGUACGGCAGACGCACGGCACAUGCA